GACUGCGCUUCGACCACCAUGUCUGCCAUCGUCCCUGUUGAAAGCGAAGAACACUACGCCGAGCUCACCGGCGCCGACAAGAUUACCGUCGUGCUCUUCUCUGCUCCGUGGUGUGGUCAGUGCAAGCUGAUCACACCCAAGCUCAACAAGCUGGCUAAAGAAGCCCCGGAAAAUGUGUCGUACGUGAAAGUCGAUACCACCGCCCUCGAGGACUUGAGCGUCGACUUGGGUGUGUCCGCCCUGCCCUCCGUCAAGAUUUAUUGCAAGGGUGAAGUGAUUGGCGAAUACGUCGGCUCCAAGUGGGAAAAGAUUGAAGAACUGGUCGUUGCCAAGACGUCAUAAACGCCCCCAUAUAAUCCAUCAAACUCAUGCUGUUCGUCUCACGUUUGAAUUAUUUUCUCGUGGCGGCGAACUCUGCAAACAAUUUGCUUGCCGUCGGGUCUUGCUGGAUGUCGUCCCGAGUCGGCGUUCGGCCAUUCUCCUCGAUGAAUGAAACUUUCCAUAUCUCUAAA